AUGCUAAAUGCCGGAAUCUUGAAUACUUACAGAUUAAUGGCGUCCCGUUUGAGAAAUGGAGAAGAGAAAGGCUCUGCAACUAAGAACUCAGAUCAGUUAUGUAACAAAAGGAGCAGGGGAAAGGCAUCUGUUCUUCCAUUGAAGAAACUGAAGGAUAUUUCUUCAUCUCUUGAUGGUUUAUCUCUCUCCAUUCCGGUGAACAAAAUGGGUGGUUCAAUUGAUUUGAAUUUGAACUGCUUUGAUUCAGGACACAGCAACCCACAGCAGAAGAAACAGAGGCGUUGUUGGUCGCCGGAAUUAUCCCGGCGAUUUGUGAAUGCACUUCACGAACUCGGAGGAGCACAAGAGAAAUACGAGGUAGUAGGUGAAAAGGAAUGGUACUUCUUCACUCCAAGGGACCGAAAGUAUCGAAAUGGAAGCCGACCAGAUCGAAAAGCUGGCGAUGGUUAUUGGAAAGCCACUGGAGCUGAUAAGCUCGUGAAAUGUAAGGGUGUCACAGUUGGAUAUAGGAAGGCAUUGGUUUUCUAUGAAGGAAGACCUCCUAAGGGGAACAAGACUAAUUGGAUCAUGCAUGAAUAUAGAGUAGAUGAGCCUCCCAGGAAAAGAAGUGGUGGAAACAGCAUGAGGCUUGAUGAUUGGGUUUUAUGUAGGAUCUAUAAGAAAGCUGAUACAUCCCCCAAAAAUCGAAAACGAGAUCGUGAAGGUGAGCUUGUUGGAUAUGCUAAAGAGUUGGUAGAUGGAAAUUCUGUCAACAACAGCCAUCUCGAGGGAUUGACUUACGAUUACAAUGACAUGAAUGGAUUUAUCAACAUGUAUGACAACGAUGAGCAAUCUCCUCUGCAAAAUGUUCUUACCGAAAUUCCUCAUUUUAUGGAUGCUUCUCUCUCAAACAUGGUCGAGUUCAAUGGUCAUCUUCAGCCUAGUUACAAUUAUGGACCACAGCCAACUUAUUUUGGCCUUCCUGUGUAUCCCACAGAGAACACUUCCAUGCCCAAAUAUCUCAAAGAAGAUGCUUGUGUCUCCAAGCUAAAAGGAUUUCAAGACGACAUUUGGAGCAUUCCAAAUAUUGAUAAUGGCGAAAUAUCUUCACAGUUUGGUUUUUCCAAUAUGACUUAUACUGAGCCUCCUAUGAAUUUGGAUUAUGUUGUACACAACAUGGCCCCAAACAAUCCUCCAAACAACCCUCCAAGUAACCCUUAG